AUGUACACAGCACCCUCCUUCGGUCCCUCGACCAACAUGUCCGAUCUUGUCUAUUACGGUUCAUGGAUCAACUGGAGUCGUGGAAAGUAUAAUGGUGGAACAAUAACUCUCACACCACGCAAUGCCGGCAUCCUUAUCGCAUUCUUGGCCAUCUUCGUCUCGAUCGCCGGCGGCAGUCUUUGGAGAAUCAUCGCAUUCAUUCUUCAUCAACGACGAGUCGCGAAAGACCCUCGCGAUGGCUUGCAUUAUCAGCAGCAGGUCAUUUUGAGAAACGCAGCAACGCCUGGUGUUGCUUCAUGGCAGCUCCUUUGGCUUGUCCCUCCCUGGCGGAGGAUAUCGAAACGCCCACUCUGGAAGUCUCUUCCCGUUGUCCUCCUUGCGCUCCUUAAUCUCUUAACGUUCUUUGCCGCCGGUAUUCUGGUUGCUGAGGUUACGCGGACCGCAGGGUCGGAGGUCCUUGUGCGGUCUGCCAACUGCGGCAAUUGGACUAUCGAUGACACGAGACUCGUGUACGGUUUCACGACCAAGACUCAGAACGACACGGUCAGCGCAGCGACAUAUGCCCGGGCUUGCUAUGGAGGCCCUUCCGCUGCUCUCGAGUGCAACCAAUACAAAGUAAAGGCCCUGCCAUACACCGUUAGCGAGAAGGAAUCGUGCCCGUUCGACAAGGAUAUGUGUCUGAACAAGGUCCCAGUACUGUCAUUUGACACUGGUAACAUGUCUUCGCAUGACCAUCUCGGCAUCAACGCUCAAACGAAAGACCGUAUACUUUACAGAAGAAAGACAACCUGCGCGCCUAUCAUAGACACCGGUUUUUUUACUUCGUUCAAUUACACCGACAUAGCAAAUGCAUCUCUAGGUGACUUUAGAGGGAGUGAUGGAGAUGUUAUAGAUUUCUACAAUUUUGGAGGGACAGUCCACAUUGACGGGAGCAAGGCCAACAACUUCACCUUCGCCUACAACGAACGAAUGGCCGCUGUUGGAACUGGCUACGGCUUGGCUUUUGGCUCUCAAAAUCUGUGGCAACCCGAUAAAGUCCUCCGUCGCGAUGAUGCAGAUAUAUCACUGAUGUUCCUCAUGGCGAACGAUAUACGAUACUAUGGUCUAGUCGAAGAUCCCAUCUUUCAAGCAACAGGGGAACUCUUCUCGAUAAUCGAUGCUGGUCAAAAUGUAACGCUGUACACGUCUGAUUACUUCGUGAACCCUUUAGCAUGCAUCGACCAGCACCAGUUCUGCAAUCCUUCGAACGGAAAAUGUACGAAGCUGGAUGCAUACACUCCGGCCGUUCUCGCUGCCCAAAAGGAUUUAGAGUACAACCCAAUGCAAUACGGUACAAUAUCGACACUGUCACUUGAGCUGUAUCUUUCCACGAUUUCGCAAAGUAUUGGCGGACGAGGUAGCUCUGCGCUUCGCGCACAAGAGGUUGUUUCUGGACUUUUCUCUGGGCCUUUGCCCAAAGACCAAUGGAAGAAAGAGGUCGAAUAUUGGUUCACAACAGGUCUUAGUAAGGUACAAAAGUACUUCGUCGAUUAUGCAUCUGGCCCGAGCAACGUCUUCAAUGGUACCCACAUAUCGAAGCCUUACGAUGCGCCAUCUCGUCAACUUUGCGAGAGUCAGGUCAUCAAGGCACCGCCCGGAUCUAACGCCACCUCCUUCUCCACUUUAGGUGUAGCUAUCAUCCUGACUGUGGGCGGUCUGGUUAUCCUCGCUCAUGUUAUCUUGGAGUACAUCGUAUCCAACGUCGUACCUACUAAGAAUUACAAGUUGGUCCGAUGGGCACUGGACGACAAGCUGCAGCUCCAGCGCCUCGCGUUUGAAGGUGCAGGCGUGGGCUCAUGGCAUGCUGGAAUAGGAGCUGUUCCCACUACAAAACGUACGCAGACCUUUGGAAUGGAGAUGAGUGGGGAUAAGAGGCAUCCGACAAUGACUUUUACCGAUGACGAUGAGGAGAAAAGGGCUGGCACUGUCCUCCUGGAUGACGCUGGAUCCGUCAGGUCCCACUCGUUUUCUACCUCGAAAGGAAGCGGCCUCCGGACCUGGCCUACAGCAAGCGUGCAAAGGGCUGAGUCUAUUCAGAUCCCGCCGAUACGGUUAUUUGAGGAUGAUAGAGAAAUAUGGCCGCUGGUGCGGGAUACGACGGAUAAUCCGUACAACUGGAGUGGGAGCGCAGCAGGCUUCGAGUCCCGAUGA